AGAAAAGAAGAAGAAGCUCAUCUGCAAUAAAUAAGACAAUGAAACGUCAUAUGCAAGUUGGGUUAUUAUUACAUUCAUUUUCUCCAGGAGUUUACUAACGAUUCUGAGAAUGGCCAAGAGACAUUUCUUUCAGCCCCUUCUUCCCGGCUUCCACAGUCACUUGACAAUUCCUGUAGCCUUCUUCUCCAAGCAUAUACAAGGAAGGAAUGAUCAGAAGACUACGACGGAGCUUAGGUCAGACGCCGCGUCGGAGAAAACAUGGGAAGUGAAGACAGAAGAUGGUCGGAGACUCACUGAUGGUUGGAAAGAGUUCGCUCUUGCCCACGAUCUUCGAGUCGGUGACAUUCUCAUUUUCAGACAAGAGAAAGAUAUGACUUUCCACGUGACACUAUUUGGACCAAGUUGCUGUGAGAUUCAAUAUGACUCGUGUUUAGACGACAAGAACAGCAUAGGGAAGAUUAACUCUAAGAAGAAUAAUCCAAAAAGAGAAGCAGAGUGUUCUUCUUCUUCAGAUCCCUCUUGUUUCUUGGCCAAUGUCAUGCCUUCGACCCUACGCUAUGACUCACUGAAUCUUCCAAGGAGUUUUGUGAGGGCAAAUGGUCUAGAGACAAGAUGUGGAGAUAUUGUUCUGAUAAAUGGAAAAGGCAGAUCAUGGACUUUAUCUUUAAAACAAAGACAAUGUGGAAGAAGUUACAUCACACGAGGGUGGAGAAGUUUCUUUAGUGCCAAUGGACUCAAGGCUGGAGAUUCCUUCACUUUCAAACUCAUCAAAAGAGGUGGAACACUGGUUCUUCUACAUAAGUCUCCCUCCCACAGAGAAUCCAAAGAAAAUGAGGGCUCAGAAGCUGAUGAUGAAAUAGAGUCUCUUUCCACAGAAUCUGACAGCGAUGAAGAGAGCAACCAAGAUGAGAAAAAGCGUAUAUCAAUAUGGAAUGCUUCAUCUUCACCAUCCCUAAACAGAUUUGUGACACUAACUCUUAAACCUUACAAUGUCAUAAAGCGUGUACUGUUUCUUCCCAAACCCUUCACAGAUCUACAUGGCAUCACUGUGGGAACUAAAAUGAGUCUGGUGGAUAAACAAGGUGUAAAGUGGUGUACAAAACUGCGUUCUGAAAGUAAAAGAAUAAGAAUGGCAGGAGGAUGGAAGGAUUUCUUCAAAGCUAACUGUGUAAAGACAGGUGAAUCAAUCAAGUUGAAGCUGAUUUGGGAAGAAGACACAAGUUGUGUCCUUAGUUCUAAACCAAGGUGAAGCCAUAAAUUGAAAAACUAUUUCUGCUUGAUUUAGUGCGAAAAGACAAACUGAAACAAAUCAAUGUUGCUCUUUUUUUUUUUAGGGUAAGAUUUAACAACGGUAUGCUUAGUUUGUAUGUUAUUUGAAGUAUGUUGUAGGACUUAAUGUUAGACUGACCUUGGUUGAGGAUAUUAUUAUUU